GCGGCGCCGGCGCAGAGAGCUGCCCGAUGGCGCCCCGGCGUGCGCGUAGCGCAAGAUAUUCAAAGAACACUUUAGGAAGAACACAUUCCGUGAAAGAUAAAACUGGUCGAAAGCACAAGCCUUCUGAUGUGUUUGAAUUUCCUGGUGAUUCUGAUAGCUCAAGCACUGGCAGGCUGGGUGAAAAUGAGAAAGAUGAAGAACCUUAUGAAACCUUUGAUCCUCCUUUACACAGCACAGCUAUAUACGCUGAUGAGGAAGAAUUCUCCAAACAUUGUGGAUUAUCUAGCCCUUCAGUUCCUCCAGGAAAAGUAGCAAAAAGUUUGAACACUUCUGAAAGUGAAGCAAGUGAAAACGAAUCUGUAAAAAUUAGUGCAAAAAAGCCGAGAAGAAAAUGCAAGCCUGUCAGAGAAGAGUCUGACAGCACUGAAGAAAGUGAUGUAAGAAGAAAAGUUAAAUUAGCAGGGAAAAUAAUUACAGAACAUGAAGCUAUUCCAACUACAGCAUCUUCAGAACUUUCAGAGAAACCAGCUGAAUUGGUCACUCCUAAAAAGAUAGGACCACUUACUGCCCAGCCCUCUGUUGAAAGAGAGACCCCGGCAACAGAAAAUCGACCGAAAAGUCAGGAAAAAGGGAAGAUGUCUCGUGGCACAAGAGAGAAAUCAAGUAGUGAAACUACAGACUCAGAUACUUCCGACCUUGUAAAUAUUUGGUGUCUAGAAGGAAAGAAAACCAGUGAUAUCACAGAGUUGGAUAUCGUUUUGCCUACAUUUGAGAAAACCCUCCUACAGUAUAAACGAAGAAUAAAAUCCAAAAUUUGUAAGGAAGCCAUCAACAAAUUUUAUUUUAAUGUUAAAGAGGAACUCGUCAAAAUGCUUGAAGAUGCCAAGAUGUUGAAAAAGCUGAAAAGGAAGAAUGCUAAGAUGAUUUCAGGUAUCGAAAAGAAAAGGCAGCGUUUAAUUGAAGUCCAAGAUGAACUGCUUCGGUUAGAGCCACAGCUGAAACAACUACAAACAAAAUAUGAUGAACUUAAGGAGAGAAAGUCUUCUCUUAAGAAUGCAGCAUAUUUCUUAUCUAAUUUAAAACAACUUUAUCAAGAUUAUUCAGAUGUUCAAGAGAAAGAACCAAAAGUAAAGGAAACGUAUGAUUCAUCUAGCCUUCCAGCUCUGUUAUUUAACACAAGAACCGUUUUGGGGGCUGAAAACCAUCUGCAAAAUAUCAACCAUCAAUUAGAGAAGCUCCUUCACCAGGAAUGAGACCAGUCUACUAAAAUGUGCCUGUAUAAAGAUGAGUCUCGUGCCAUUGUCUGUUACCUUCUGAAACUGUACUUUUAUAAAUAUUCUUUUUGAAGAAGUACAGCCUAGUCACCAGAAUUUAAUAUUAUUUUGCCCAAAUUAAAUGUGAACAAUGUGAAAUGUCUAAUAGUUUUAGAGGCCAUAAUCUAGUAUCUUGAGUAAUAAAUUUUAAAAUGUUGACACCUGAUCAAUCGGCCCCAGACAUGUAAGUUUUAACCUAUAAAUAAACUUGUGUGAACAAAAA